GAGGAGCCCGCGAGGGCCAGCGCCGGUCAUGGGGAGCCGCCGCCGCCGCCGUCGCCGCCGCCGCCUCCGCGAGCGCAGAUUUCUCCCGAACUGGGCGCCGUCCUCUUCCCGCAGCAGGGGCGAGCCUGGCUGUUGAGGCGGAGGGGAUGGCGGACCCUCUGAGGAGGACGCUGUCCAGGCUCCGGGGGAGGCGGAGUCCCCGCGCCGCCGGGGGGCUCGGGCUCCGGGCGGCGGCUGCAGCUACCGUGACGGCCUCCGCGGUUGCCGAGGGAGACGCUGGCCGUGCCCCGGACGCCUGCCCAUGCGAGCACGCCCGCGGAGCCCGGCCGAGCGGGGAGCAGCCCCCUCCGUCGCCGCAGGCGUGGGGUCCCGAGGCGCGGGUCCCGGGAGGGCGCCCGGAGCAGUGGGGAGCGCUCGGGCCUCGUCAGCGCGGCGGGAAGGAGGCCCUCUCCUCGGGUCGCGGGCUCACUCGCCCCUGUCUGCACGCCCCGCCGGGCUCCGAAGGCAGCGGAGACGAGGAGGACGACCGGGAGGACGACGACGACGACUACUACGAGAACCUGCCCGGCGGCUCCCAGUCGGCGCCCAAGCCUGAGGGGGCGGAGGCGGAGCGGUGGCCCCCGCCUCCCCCGGCGGCGGGCUCCUCCCCGGGGGCGGAGGGCGGCCGCCUGGAGACAGGCAGGCUGCAGACCCAGUUGCGAGAGGCCUAUUAUUUGCUGAUCCAGGCCAUGCACGACCUGCCCCCUGACUCGGGCGCGCGGCGGGGCGACAGGGGUUGGGCGGAUCGCGGCUGCCUUGUGGGAGCCCGGGCUCUGGGCCAGCCGCCUUCCCCCUGCGGCGCUGCGGACCGCCGAGCCUGCCCCCAAGACUGGCAGCGGGGAGGCGGUGGCCGCCCUCGGCAGCAGGUGUCCCCGCCCCGGUCGCCUCCAAGGGAGCCGGGGGGAGGUCGCCUGCGGACUCCUCGGAUGCGGCUGUCCUGCAGCAGAAGCCUCGAGAGCCUCCGGGUGGGUGCCAAGCCUCCUCCCUUCCAGCGGUGGCCGAGCGACAGCUGGAUCAGGUGCGGCGCGCGCGGAGACCUGGGCGAGCCCCCGCCACGUGGAGGCGGGAUGGACGGCUGGAGCGGAGGCAGCGCUCCGGCCGCCGCGCCCUCCGGCCUCCUGACUCGGGGCUCCAAGGACCCCGGCCGCUCCUCGGGAAGCCCUUUCAGGGAUCCUGCGGGGUCCGCUGUGGUACGCAGCGGCAAAGGAGACGGCCAGGAGGGGCUCCCCUUCCUCAAGCCUCCCGCGGUGACAGUCAAGAAGCUGCAAAAGUGGAUGUACAAAGGACGUCUGCUGUCCUUGGGAAUGAAGGGUCGCUCCCGGGGGACACCCCCCAAAGUCACGGGAGCGCAGGCAACCUCUCCAAAUCUGGGCCCUUUGAAAGUGCGCGAGAGCCAACUCCUCUCCGUGCCUCCAGAUCAAAGAAUUACUCUAACAGAUUUAUUUGAAAACGUCUAUGGGUCUUCAGUGAAGAGAAGAGAACUUGAAGAUCUGAAGGAUAAUAUUGGAUUCAGAGGUCAUAAGCCACUUAACAGCAUCACUGUGUCAAAGAAACGCAAUUGGCUAUAUCAGAGUACUCUGCGAUCUUUUAAUUUGGAAGAGGAAAAUAAGAAAUGCCAAGACAUAAGUCACUUAUCCAUCUCACCCAAAUAUCAGCUAUCACGGCCUUUCUUCAAGUCAUCUGAGGAAUACUGUACAUAUAUGGUGUGUGAUGCUACAAAUUCUUCAUUAUCAAGAAACUGUUCUUUAGACUUUAAUGAGGAAAAUGAUGCAGAUGAUGAAGGAGAAAUAUGGUACAACCCCAUUCCUGAGGAUGACGACUUUGGUUUAUCAAAUGCCUUGAGUUUUGGUGAGGCAGACCCUCCUGUUCUGAAGUUUCCUGCAGUUAGUUUGAGAGUAUUGUCUGGUAGUGACCUAAUGAAAACAGAGCAGUACACUGAAGACUUGCUGUGCUCUCCAGAACUCAGAACCACACAGUCCAAUGAAACAAAUCCUGUAGAGUCCAUCCAUUCCCCAGAGUUCAUGCAGCAGUUCAAGCAAAGGCUUGGACACAAGACGCAAGAAGGUAUCAUGGUAGAGGAGAGUCUCAUGUUGAAAUCUCCUUUUGCAGGUCCUGGGAUCCUAGCUGCUACAAAUAAGACUGAAUUGGGAGUGCCAGAGCCAUCUUCUCCAAGCCCUAGCCCUGUGAAAAAAAGUAGCUCAAUUAACUGGUCUUUCCCAGAUAAAAUAAAAUCUCCACGAACUGUGAGGAAACUUUCCAUGAAAAUGAAAAGGUUGCCAGAACUUAGCCGAAAGCUGAGCGUCAAAGGAACUUUGAAUCAUAUGAACAGUCCAGAUAAUACUCCUUCCUUGUCUAAAUGUAACUGUCAAGAAAUGCAUCAUGCUGAUAUUCUACCUUCUGGGAACACAACCACAGCUGCUAAGAGGAAUGUUAUAAGUCGGUACCAUCUGGAUACCAGUGUAUCUUCUCAGCACAACUACCAGAAAACGACGUUUAUGAGUUCUAAGUAUUCGUGCAAAGGUGGUUACCUCAGUGAUGGAGAUUCACCUGAACUUAUAACUAAAUCUAGCAAACAUGGAUCUGAAAGCAAAUUUGGAAAGGGAAAAGAAAUAAUUCCAAAUAGUUGUAACAAGAAUGAAAUAGACAUUGAUGCUUUUAGACAUUACAGUUUUUCUGAUCAACCUAAGUGUUCACAGUACAUAUCUGGGCUCAUGAGUGUGCAUUUCUAUGGUGCUGAGGAUUUAAAACCACCCCGGAUAGACUCAAAAGAUGUCUUCUGUGCGAUUCAGGUAGAUUCAGUAAACAAAGCAAGAACAGCUUUGCUCACAUGUCGGACAACAUUUUUAGACAUGGAUCAUACUUUCAACAUAGAAAUUGAAAAUGCACAGCAUUUGAAAUUAGUAGUGUUCAGUUGGGAACCGACUCCAAGAAAAAAUCGAGUGUGUUGUCACGGAACUGUUGUUCUUCCCACUUUAUUCAGAGUGACAAAGACACAUCAGUUGGCUGUCAAACUUGAGCCUAGAGGUCUUAUUUAUGUGAAAGUGACUCUUCUGGAACAGUGGGAGAAUUCUCUUCAUGGACUGGAUAUAAACCGAGAACCAGUAAUAUUUGGUGUUGAUAUUCGAAAAGUUGUAGAGAAAGAAAAUAUAGGACUGAUGGUGCCACUCCUGAUACAAAAAUGUAUUAUGGAAAUUGAAAAGAGAGGCUGUCAGGUGGUAGGCCUGUACCGAUUAUGUGGUUCGGCAGCAGUCAAGAAAGAACUUCGAGAGGCUUUUGAGAGAGAUAGCAAAGCUGUUGGUCUGUGUGAAAACCAGUACCCAGAUAUAAAUGUAAUAACAGGCGUUCUUAAGGACUAUCUAAGAGAACUUCCUUCUCCCCUGAUAACAAAGCAGCUUUAUGAGGCUGUAUUAGACGCAAUGGCAAAAAAUCCUUUGAAAAUGUCGUCAAGAGGAUGUGAGAAUGACCCAAGUGACUCUAAGGACACUGUUGACCUGCUUGAUUGUCUUCCUGAUGUUGAGAAGGCAACCCUAAAGAUGUUGCUGGAUCAUUUGAAAUUGGUGGCUUCUUAUCAUGAAGUGAAUAAGAUGACUUGCCAGAAUUUGGCCGUGUGCUUUGGACCAGUAUUAUUAAGUCAGAGGCAAGAGACUUCCACCCAUAACAACAGAGUCUUUACUGAUUCAGAGGAACUUGCAAGUGCUUUGGAUUUUAAAAAACAUAUUGAAGUUCUUCAUUACUUACUUCAACUCUGGCCAGGAACUGCUCUUUUGGAGCUGGAACAGAUGUUUCUUACAGAAGAACGUGGCAGCUGCUCUGUCCGGUUUGCAGUGAGUCCACAUACUCUGCAACAUCAUUUGAUCAUAUUUCAUUUGCAAUGCAAAUGCUGCUAUAAAAACCUUUUUAUAAAUAAAAGUAAAAUUAUACAGAUAUUAAUGUAUUCUGUAUUAACAUUCAGUAAUUAUUUAAGCUUAUAAAAAUUAAGUAUUUUUAUAAUCCUGAAAAUGUGUCUAUUUAUAAGUGCAUAUAUGGAUAGAUAUUAGAAUGGGGGAGGCAUUGGCUGCAGAAUCACAUGUAUCUUUAAAGCAUAUAUGUCGUGAGGCCAAAAUUAUUAACUUAAAAUGUCUUUUUCAGGGAAAGAACAUUUAAGUUAAAGGAGUUCUGUAGAAACACUUGAACCAAAACACUAGAAGCAUCUGAAUAGAAAUAAUAGACUUUCUUUUUUUUGAUUCAUAGAAAGUCACAAUAUCCCUAGUGAGAAGUCAUCUUUUAAAUUGAAAUCCUCUAAUUUCUUAAGGGAUUAAGAGCCCAGAUUUCUGUACUAGUGAUUUACAUUAAAAAAAAAUCUUCACCUGUUCUAUGCAUUUUUAUGUUCUGCUUUUUAAAACAAAGUAAUUAUACUUUAAACGUAUUUAUUUGUAGUAGUACAUUGAUAACAUUGACUUUAUAAUUACCUUCAUUUGUUUCUAAAGAAAUCUUGCCAACAUACUCCAUGUUACUGAUUUUGAAAAAUUAAUUCAUUUUGGCUAAGUAUAUCUACAAGAUAGUCACUAUAGCAAUCAUAGCAGUGUUUGAAAAAUGUAAAUUUAGAAGACUUUUUUAUUAAAUUGGAAUGUAUUUUUUUUAAUUUUUAUACCCACAGAACAUGUAAUUUUAAAAUUAUAAAAUUUGAAUCAACAACUUAAAGAUGUAGCAAGCCAUUAGAAAACGGACUUCUUGAUGUUUUUCUAAAUAUUGAAGUAUUUAACUAUUUCUACGUAAUAUACAUUGAUAAACAGAACACCUUGUUAUUUAAUUUGAAAACUCAAUUGUUAAAAAGCCAGAUAAAUAACUAUUUUUAUAUGAAAAUUUAAUUUUUUAAAGCUUUGUAUAACAAUUCCGAAGAAUACCAAAAGAAUAUGUGACAGAGAUAUAUAUUGAGUAAACAGUCAAAAGAAAUGUGCUUUAAAUGUUUUUGUUUGGGGCUCCUGGGUGGCUCAGUUGUUAAGCAUCUGCCUUCGGCUCAGGUCAUGAUCCCAGGGUCCUGGGAUCGAGCCCUGCAUCGGGCUCCCUGCUCAGCGGGAAGCCUGCUUCUCCCUCUCCCACUCCCUCUGCUUGUGUUGCCUCUCUCUCUGUGUCUCUGUCAAAAUAAAUAAAUAAAAUCUUUUCAAAAAA